UUUAAAUAAUUGUUCCUUAUUAACACACGCCUUAUUUACUAAUUAACACAGAUGAUUGGAUAGAUAUAAAUAAAUGUUAAUAGUUAACAGUUUUUACUAUUUCAUUCCCCUGUUUUCAUUAAUAUUGUAAUAAAAAAUGACAAAUAUAUUGACUGUACACUUCAAAUAGUACUGUACCGACACAAGCCUGCUACGAUUUUAUUAUUAGAAAGCACUAGAGACACAGAAAUGUACGGUAGAUAUGUAAGAAUGUAUAAAAAUACUCAUGUGUAAAUUGCUGUUUUAUUGAAACAAUACAAUUUGCUUUGUAUGUGAUCCGUAAUCCGUAAAGAUCGAAGGUAUCGAAUAUGAAUAAAAAAUUUUAAAUACUUAUUGCACUAUUGUUAACUGCUUUUUACACAGUUCAGAAACAAUCUAAAUUAGAUUUCAUACAUGUCGCCUAUUUAUAGUAUCGUAUUGUAAACAAGUCAUUACACGCACAUAUUCCUGCUGAUGCAUGCUGGACUUCCCGACAAUGCGCGACACACUUGUCUGCCAACACUUGCUUGUUAAGAGCUGUUGGCAGACUUGACACCUGAUCGGUUAUAAUUUGUGAAUUUAUUUGGAAAAUAAAGUAAUCACUACAACUUUUCAUCUGUUACAACAGAUGAAACAUAUACAAACGGUUUUUCAAAAUUCUUAUAUUCUCUUUUCUUUAUGCUUCCACCACCCCCUUAUUUUUAUUCAACGCCCCCCAAUUGCACCCGAGGCUACUACUGCCCUCCUGGAUCGUUCCAGUGCCCCCCAGGGGGCGGUAUCGCCCACUUUGGGAACCUCUGGCCUAGAUACUGGUACUGACAAAUCCCAGCUCCGCACAAGGAAUGGCUCAGUCUUAUUCUUUCAGAACUUCAUGUAAAACUCACUUCCCACCCCGACUGCAUUAUGAAAAAGGUUUUAAUCAAACUGAUUAGAGUAAAGUGGUUCUAGGAUAUUAAAUCAGACUGCAGUUGAUAAUUCAGCCAUAAGUCAUCAAGACGUCUUCCCAUUCAAAAAUUAGAAGUUGUUGAAAAAAGUUUAAUUGCACAAAGAUCAUCAUCAACUGAAUCAUCCUUUGAAGGCCACUUCAUGUCUUAGCUUCUACCAUUAUCAGUUAUAGCAGAGCACCAGUUCUGCUAUGGUUAAGGUUAAAACCAGCUCUCUUUAAAGCCCAACUCUGACUGCUCUAAAAUCCAGUUACUCUGCCUGCAUUGAAAUUGUCUUGUUCUCUUCUUUAAAAGAGUCAACACUAUUGCAUCUACCUUCGGUAAAUAUUCACUAGAGAAAGGAGGAACAGAGAGGGUUUUACAAAAUUAGAUAAAUGCUGAAAGCUUGUCUACAUGGUGUGUGUUCACACCAGCUGGAGUGUAAAUUCUAGUGCACACCAGCAUGCAGAUACUUGCUGUCUGUGUGGGCCCUGCUGGUGUGCACUAAAAACUCCUUAGUGCAUAUUGACUUAGACAUUAAGAAACUUAAGUGCAUGCUAGCCGGGUCCACGUAGACAGCAAGUGUGUGACAUGCUAGUGUGUAUCAGAAUUUACUCCACAUCUGGGAUGCACUAAUACCUCAUGUAGACAUGUCUUUAGAUGGCGUUUUGGAACUUCUAAUCAUUUGGUUUACCUGCCAAGCUAAUAUAAAAUUUGAAAGGUCAUUUAAUUAUUUUUACCAUUAUACUCUGGAGUCUAAAUCUGAGGUUUUUAAAGUAAAACAGGUGAUACUGAGAGCAUUGAGAAUUUUUUUUCCCCCACUCCUUUAAGGUAGCUUUUUUUGUGCAACGUGACAAAAUGCACUAUUUCCACGGAAGCAUGAGCUGAACUGAGAGCCUAAGACUGAGAGUUUAACAUCCCUUUAGCAUGUGAAAGAAUGCACUAUAAUCAAAACAAUAUUUGCAUUUAUAAAACUUCUCAUUGGCUGUUAGUCACAACCAAUAAAGGUAGUAACAAGAGCAGAGUGAGUACAACUGCAGACCAUCUCUUGUCCUUGAUCUCUGUGCAGCUCUGCUAAUGCCAAGAGUUGCUUACUGUUUAACAGAUAACUCCCAUUGGCUGUGGAUGUUGGUGCAUAUAGAAGUUUCACCUAAAGAAAGAAGGGCAGGAUAUCUAUAGUGAUAAAUAGGCAUGGGAGAAUUUGAUUAAUAUAAUUUGACUAGUAUCAAAUUAAAAAUGAUCUAUUUAAAUUUUCACAGCUGUGCUAAGCUUUGUUUAUAUAUUUAAAUUUUUUCAAUUGCAGGAAAUUAUGGGGGGGAGGGGCCCAGACAGUUAUUUGAUAGUAUAUGCUGAGAUUCAAAAAGUUACGGCUUUAUAACCAUUGACAUGUUGUCAACAUCAGAUGUCAAAAUAUACAAAGUAAAUAUCCUUAAAUCAAACUCUAAAAUUCGUAGGCAAAGUAAGAAAUGCUGUUUAUCUGUAAAUUUUGAUCAUUGGUGGAAGUUUUGUUGGUUUGUGUGUACAGUGAAAUCAAUGUUUAUCAACACUUAUCAAUUUAAAAAUCUAAUCUUUCCAAGUCUGGUUAAGUGUCUCCUGUAUAAGCCUGCUUUCCCCACUUUCACAUGAUUGUUUCUUGCAUCAGGAUUUCUAAGAUCACACUUUAUUUUUUAGUUGACUUAUUUAAAAACUACUGGCAAAGAUAUUUUACAGAUUAAAAAAAAAAACCCUGCCUGGACACAAAUGAAAGGCUAUUGAAAAUUGUAGCCACACUAAAGUGAGCAAUAGAUAAAAUGGCUUAAAGUUUAGAAUUGCAGCAUUAAUAGUUGGCUAGUACUUUAGCCAUUUUAAAUAACUUUAAAGGACAAAAGGACUUUUAUUCACUGUCCAGUCUCUCUGGAAGCUACAAAUAGAAACAUGCCCUAUCUUCUUUCUUCUGAGUGCACUAGUUUGGAUCAGAUUGCUUAAAUACCAAUAUUAAAUAAACUGCUUAACUAAAAAACAGAACUGAAGCUUCUGUUCAUUAACCUACAAAGGUUAUAUGGGCUUUGCAGAUAAGGAAAGUGGGUAAACAGGGAAAUGUGAAGAGUCUAUCUUUUAAAGUCAUGAUACAAACUGAAGUUAGCAAGAAAACUCAUACGUGAGAUUGAGCCAAGCACUUUUUGUGCGAGAAGAUUUCCCUGAACUGUAAAUACCCACCAUUUGAAGCAACUACCACCCUUUGCCAAAACAGUAGGCUAGAGGACAAAGAUUCCAACUUAAUUCUGAAUUUAAACGUUUCAAAAUUCUUUUAACAUGACACUAGUAUUUAAGUACUAAUACAGUGCAGUUGUGUUGUCUGCAAACAUAUCAAUAUUGAACAAUAUAUAGACAGGUAAUAAGCUUAAGUGUAUAUUUGUCAGAAAGAGAUGGCAAGAAUACUCAGGUAGGCAAGGUGUGUUGCCUAAUUAACAGAUUAAGCAUUAUAUGUAAUAGUGUUACAAUGUAUCCAUGAUAAUGCAGCCUGUCAACACUGGGUUUACCGUACCUGGCUGGCUAUUUACCGUAGUAGUAAGCACCUUCCUUCCUAUGUUGUUUACACAGAGUCAAACAAUGUCAUCUUAACUGUCAAUGUAAGCUUCCUCCACGUUGUCCAGUCCUUACAAGGCAACUUUAGUUUGAUAAGCAGAAAAUUAAUGGAGAUAUCCUAUCUCCUAGAACUGGAAGGGACCUUGAAAGGUCAUUGAGUCCAGCCCCCUGCCUUCACUAGCAGGACCUGAUUUUGGCCCAGAUCCCCAAGUGGCCCCUUCAAGGAUUGAGCUCACAACCCUGGGUUUAGCAGGCCAAUGCUCAAACCACUGAGCUAUCCCUCCCCCCAAUGAGAUUAGUCUUCUAAGGGCACCUUAGUUUUUAGCGGGGUAGAAAUGUUAUUCCCAAUAGCCUGUAAGCCUGGGAUUGCAAUUAAUGGGUGCAGGCCCCUAUAACUCCGCCUCGUGCUCUACAGUUACCUAAACUACCGUCCCUGCGCUGAGGGGCCUACAGGGCGAGGCCCCAGUUCUGCAAAGCCCCACCGAGCGGCGCUCUGCGGCAGGGGCGCCGGAACCGGGGGCCCCAGGGCCCCAUCAGUUCACCCGCCGUAAGGGGAUGGGGAAGUACCGAGCAGGGGGCGGGGUCUUGGGGGGAAGAGGCGGUGCAGGGCGGGGUCUCGGUUGCGGCUCCGGUGGCCCCCGCACCCUGAGGGAGCUUCCGCCGCUCCUGGCUGUGCGGGGCCCACCCCGGACCUGAAGAAGAGUGAAAGCUCGAAAGCUUGUACCUUGCACCAGCAGAAGUUGGUUCAAUAAAAGGUCCCAGCUUCUCUUUCAUGCUGUGAACCAAGGAGCAGAGAGAGACGACCACAGAACCUACACAACCAAGUACUUGAAUUCAGGAACUGUGUCUGUAGAUAGGCGGAGUGGCCUCCCUCUGACGCUGACCAGGAACCACUCCCUGCCCUGUGGUGGACGGAGCCAGGCCAGGCCCACCCUUUGCGCCAGAAGCAGAGGGGUGGAACAGGAAGUAUAAGAUGUGGGGCCUCCAGCUCAGUUGAGGGAGAGCCAUGGAAGGAGUUGGAUGCCUCUGCCUUACUGCUGACCCUUGAGCCAGAGACUGAGCUGUACCAAUCCCUGCCCCUGGAGGAAUACCCCAAGGAGCGGCUGAGUACCCUGAGGAACCUGAGGGCCCGUGAGCGACAAAGCCCUUUGAACAGAUGGAUAUAAUUAAAUAUACAGAUAGAAGUAUGGGAUUGGACGACAGCAUUACUUUAUACUGUUGGUAGAACCCUUUGAAGAAAAGAAAUAUUCAGUAUAAAUAGAUAAAGAGUAAGAGAGAAGUGGUGGAACUGCAACUCACUAUACUAACUUAUAUGAACCAACAGUUAUUUAUGCCACUGGGAGGCUGAAAGUCCUGGAAACAUGUUGUGUAAGAAAUGACAGAGAAUUUGCAAAGCUGUUGCCUAGCAAAUUGGAAGAUGGAGAUGGAGCUAGAUCCCGCUAAGGAUGACCUACCCCUAAUGGCCAACACACGCCACAUGCUUGUAAAGCAUUAUGUUUUGGACUUAGAUGUGGAUUUUAAAAGCCAAGUUAUUGAAGGCACCGUAGUUCUCUUUUUUGAGCCUGGGAGCAGAUGCAAAAAAGGAGGCAGUGCUGGGGAAGGAGCGUGCCUUUCACAGUCAGAUGAAACAUGCAAAAUUAGGGCAUCUGAACCUUGUCACAGUCCUGUGACAAAUGUAAGUGCCCGCUCAUCUAAAACAGGAUAUAAUGAUUUUGCAGUCUGUGCUAAAGGUGAAAAAGAUACUUCUGAUAAAAAUGGUAACCAUAGCAACGGGGAACAGGCUUCUGGGAUUUCUAGUUCAAAGAACUGCUGUGACAUAGAGAAUCAUGGGAGUGAAGAUUUUUUGCUGGUAUUGGACUGCUGUGAUUUAUCUGUGUUAAAGGUCGAGGAGGUAGAUGUUGCUGCUGUGCCAGGUAUUGAAAAAUUUACAAGGUCUGCCAAGCUAACUGAUGCUGAAGAGCUGAGAAAUCUUAGGAAUCAGAUUGUACAUGAACUUGUGACUUUACCUGCGGAUCGUUGGAGGGAACAGCUAUACUAUUACACCCGCUGCAGCCAGGCGCCUGGUUGUGGAGAGCUUCUGUUUUCCACUGGCACUUGGAGCUUGAUGAUAAGGAAAGCAGAGGUUCAAGCACCAAGAGACUUUCCUCGUGCAAUAAGGAUAUGGUACAAAACAAAGCCAGAGGGAAGAUCAGUUACAUGGACCACAGACCAGAGUAGCAGGCCAUGUGUUUAUACGAUGGGGUCUCCAAUAAACAACAGGGCCCUUUUUCCAUGUCAGGAGCCACCGGUUGCCAUGUCAACAUGGCAAACCACAGUCCGAACAGCUUCUUGCUUUGUUGUCUUAAUGAGUGGUGAAAAUUCAGCAGAACCAGCACAACUUCAAGAAGGUCUCUUAAGUUGGUACUAUUAUGUGACCAUGCCCAUGCCAGCAUCCACCUUUACUAUUGCUAUUGGGUGUUGGACAGAAGUUAAACAGGAAUCCCACACAUCUGACGUCCGGACAAAUAACGAGUUUUCCUCUCUGUUUUCAAGGGCCAAUCUCAGGUUGAUUGAAGGGAGCUGUGGUCAUGUGGCGUAUCCUUGCCGUUUCCAAAAUCCUGCUGCCAGUUCUCAGCUAGUCAUUCCUCAUCGAGUCUUUGCUCCAUGGUGCCUUAAGGAUCGCUGUGCAGAGAUCCUUCUUGAGCUGAUUCCUCAGUGCCUCUCAGCUGCUCAUGCUACACUUGGUACCCACCCCUUUUCCAGGCUUGAUGUGUUGAUAGUCCCUUCCAACUUUUCCAGUCUGGGAAUGGCCAGCCCACACAUCAUCUUCCUGUCACAAAGCGUAUUAACUGGAGGGAGCCAUCUCUGUGGAACACGUCUGUGCCACGAAAUUGCUCAUGCUUGGUUUGGAUUGGCCAUUGGUGCUCGUGAUUGGACUGAAGAAUGGAUAAGUGAAGGGUUUGCUACUUACUUGGAAGACGUAUUUUGGGCAGUAGCACAACAGCAGCUGCCACAUGACGAAGCAAGAGAGCAGCAGGAGUUGAAAGCUUUGCUGCGCUGGCGACGGCUCAGAGACGAGGUGCAGAACUCUGAAGAAGAGCUGCAGGUAUUAAGGCCUAACAAAGAGAACACAGGAGAAGUGAGUGAGUCUGGAACAUGCAUAAUCAAACACGGUCUUAAUGCAGAAAAAAUCUUCAUGCAGGUUCAUUACUUGAAGGGCUAUUUCCUUCUGCAAUCUCUAGCCAAGAGAAUUGGAGAGGCUACAUAUUUUGAAUUUUUAAGAAAGUUUGUGCAGAAGUUUCAUGGGCAACUGAUCCUUUCUCAGGAUUUUCUUUACAUGCUGCUGGAGGACAUCCCAGAACAAAAAGGGUACGGGCUAUCUGUUGAAAAUAUCAUCCAGGCCUGGCUUGACACUUCUGGAAUACCAAAGCCUUUGCUGGAAGAGUGUCAGACUUGGGACCAGUGUCGAUUAGUCCGGCAAGUGAAUGAUGAGGUCACAAAAUGGAUUCAAGUAAACCAGAGAGCCAGAAAAAGGAGCAAAAGGAAACGAAGGCAGGAUGAAGUGGCUUUCCAAAAGCUUCUCCCGGACCAGCUGGUCUUACUUCUGGAAUCUCUGUUGGAGGAGAAGACGUUAUGUCUCAGAACUCUGCAGUGCUUAGAGAAAACAUACCACCUUGAUGAGCAGGAUUCAGAGGUUCGACAUCGAUGGUGUGAGCUUGUUGUUAAACACAAAUAUACAAGAAGAUAUGCUGACAUUGAGAAAUUCCUCAAGGAAGAUCAGGCUAUGGGUGUUUACCUGUAUGGAGAAUUAAUGGUGAAUGAAGAUGCAAAACAACAGGAACUUGCCUAUAAAUGCUUUGCUGCAACACAAAAACAAAUGGAUGUGUCCUCAGCCAAAGUGGUGGCAGAGAUGUUAUUCUGAAGAGGUGAUUUUUCUUGAUUAAAGUAUUUAAUCCUCAGCCUGCUCUUUAGUGAGAGAAUAUGCAUAGCGCAGUAAAUAAACUCUUGCACAAUGUAGAAUUUGCUGAUAUUCAGCUUGAAGAAUCACUCAUUAAAUUUCUUGCAUGUUUUUUUUUUUCCCCACACCAUUGCUGGAGUAAUGGAUCACUGCUGCACAAGGGAUCUAGUUGAGGAGCAUGGAGAAGAGAGAGGUUUUUUUACUAAGACACUUCUACAUUUACAACACUUCUUAAACAUGGCUGCACUCACACCUGCAAAUAGAAAAUGAUAUGAACUUGCUAGGGGAUGGCAAUUACUGGAGUUGUUUAACAAAAUCUGUGUCCACAUGAGGCAUUGAACUCAUACACUUACAAACUAGUUGUCCAGCGUGGUUCUGGAUUCAAAUUAGUGUGGCUUACAUGCUUUUGAGUAUUUUGUGUGAGAUAGUUAAGAUUAGUGUUGGUUAUGCUAGGAAGUACCUGUUUAUAAAGAUACGCUAAUGACUGUCACAUAAAGAUAAACAUUUUAUAGCUUUAUUUUGAUUUGCUUCUGGUUCUACUUGAAAUUAGUGGCUAAGGGACAAAAGUAGAAGUCAUCUCACUAAACAUGGUUGAAAAAAAAGCAAAAUUGCAGUUAAGUAUAACCACAUAGAUGAAAGACAUUAUAUAAACUGGCCUUUUACACCAAAUACUAUAUAGAUAGUGACAUAUUCCCUUCUUUCAUCCUAUUUGAAUAUCCUGAGAUUACUUUAUGGUGUUUGUACAUGCAUGUUUAACCCAUAGUCAAUUAGGUUUGGUAUGAAGAUCCUUUCCAGUACAGCAUACCGCAGAUUUUUGUGUAAUGAUAUAAGCCAUCUGACAGCCUGUUUUCCUCGGUUGUUCACAUAACUUUACAGUUGAUUUGUGGUAACACAAUUCAGACAACAACUUAGCAAAAACAUUGGUCAGUAUUUGGUACUGAACAGGACCCCUUGAUUCGUCUUCCCUUCAAACCUGUGCAUGUAGGCAAUGCUUGAAAUCAGGCUCCAUUUGCGUUUGUGGCAUUUAUAUGGACUAGGAGAGUGGUUUUCAAUCAGGGGUCUGUGAACCCUUUCAGGGGGGCUGCAGCACCCCAGGGCUCAAACCCGGUGCCCCGACCCCUACCACUGAAGCUGGCAACCCCUCCACCCCAGCCAGGAGUGGUGGGGGGCUGAAGGUGGCAGCCUCCGUCCUGAAUCUGGGAGCGGCACAGGGCUGUGCCUGCCGCCCCUAGCUCCCCCUUGCCUGCACCCUGCGCGGUUUUCAAACUUUGAAUUGAGUCCCCCCUCUUUGAGUUAUUUUUUUGGUUGCAUUCUCCCACAGCCCAGACAGGCAGAGUGGUCUUGGUGCUCCCUCCCUGGACCCUGCUAUGCGGAGCUGGCUUCAACCAUGCCAGCCCUUGCCCCCCCUAAAUAGAAGUAAAACUAUGCCUAUGGGGAGCCCUGAGUUGCCCAGUAUUUUCACGGUAUAUGUUCUAGUCCAGGGGUUCUCAACCUUUUUUUUGCAGAGGUCUUCAACAUGCUAUAAAAACAAGCUAUUUGUGAAUAGCACCAUUCUUCUGGUACAGAGACAGUGACUAUAUGCCUAUGCCUGCCAAGAAAACUGUGGUAGGUUUGGAAUAGGCUUAGAGUGCCAGCAUACCAGUUAUUGGGGGGAGGGGGGUGUCUUGCUUUCUAAAACAGGUAGGAGACCAACUACAAAAUGUUUGCAUAGUCAUGUUUAGAUCAUCUAGGCUGAGAACCACCUACUGAACCCCAAACAAAAAAACACUAUUAACAGCUGAGCCUAUUUGUAAUGGUUUCAAAUGUUUUUAACGGCACCAAGGGCCUGAAAUAUGCAGUUAGAAUGGUUUGGUCUGCUGCAAUAUAUGGUGUUCUCUACCAAAAGUCUCUUAAAUACCUAGGGGAGUUUUAUUAAGGUAAAAAGGUUAAAAUUAUUUUAACUCCAUUGGUGAUUGCCUUUGUGUAACUUCCCUAUGCUAGUUACUGCAUGUGUCCUAUAACCAGCUUGGUUCUGAUGUUUGAAACGGGUGAUCUAAAUAAAAUUAUUUAAUCAGCUACCUGAAGGAGAUGAGAUCUUAAAGAUAUUGUCACAGAAAGUGUUUAAGAUACCAGAUUUACAAUCAUUGUUGUUUUAAACCUGAUUGUGUGAUGGGAGAGAGACUACACAAGUGUCCCUUAAUGUUGUGGCUGUUUGGGUUCCUGGCAUGCUGAUUUGUGAUUUAAGAUUAAAAUCACAUUGCCAGGGAUUACCACAUAACCAUGACUGUGCCUCCUAUUAUGAAAAUCCUAUCUCCCAUAUGCAUUGGAAUCCUCUACAAAAAAAAAUUCAAACAAAAGGAGAAAAUGCACCAUUGAAGACCUUCAUCCUAUCUUUGAGACGAAGACCUCUCUAACAAGGUGCAGAGCUUAGCUGAUUGGUGAACAGUGAUUGAUUUCCUCUUUGUUCACAGUGGCUAAGUUCUGCACCUGAAGAGAAGGUGAGAUGGGAAACUUCUUAAAAGUCAACCUACCCAGGGCAAAGUAGUUUGCUGGCUGAGGUACACAGUGGGUUGGGGUAUAGUUUUAUAGUGUGUGUGAAAUUGAGCUUGCAGAGCAUAAGAGAUGGUAGAGACUUGGAAAAGAACAGACUUUUCCUGUCAAGAAUGCAAGAAAUGCACUGUAAACUAUCAGGUUUGGCUACAAGCAAAGAAGCAGUCAAUAAGUCUGAAAAAUUUAUACAUAUUGUAAUGUAAUCUCAAUGCUUUUCUAAAAGUUGGAGACAAAUAUGUUAUUUGUUCUAAACCAACUUAAGUCUGUAAAGCUAUGCUUUAUAAAGUUUUAGCCAGUGAUUUCUCUAUGCUUAUUGCUUAGCAAUAUGUAUUGUUUGCAGGAAAUGAUUUUUUACGGCUGCUGCUGUUCCAGAUUGUUGAUGGACCCGUCCUCCGGUGCCUACUGAGCUGAUAUCAGUUCUGAUUUUACAUACUGGCUCAGUUCAGCAGGAACAGGAGUCGAGCCCUAAAGCAAAAAGAUGUGCCUAUGAAAAGUGUAACUUUUUCUGUCUGAAACCAAAUCUAGUACAGAUUGUGAUACUGUGCUUUUGAACACACGAGGUGUUCUAAGGAAGAAAAGCUUCCUCACUAUUGUAUAGAGAACUCCUGUUUUUUUUUUUUUUUCCUUUUAGUAGAACACACAAAAGGUAUGUAGUUAGUUACACAGUCUGCUUGUAUCACUAUUUUCACAAGCCUUGCUAACAUUUUAAAUUGGGGGAGCUUGUUUUCACUUCAGCUCUUCCCAACAAAUGAUCUUGUCCCCUUGGACCGAUAUUCUAAUGGCUAUAGCACCAAAGUAGAGUGAAACUGUAGGCAUCUACAAUGUGACUCUGCCUUAUGGUACUAAUAGGAGUAACUUUGCUCUUGAAUUGUGGGAAGACUAGUUAACACAACACUUCUAAAUUACAUUGGGAGACCUGUGACAGAACACAUGACAGUCAUAUGACUAUUAAGUAAUUCCCAUUCAUAACUGUAUUACUAUAAAUACCAGGCCAGAUGAUCACAUGGUGUAAUUCAACUCCAUUGAGCUAUGUAGAUAUACACCAGCUAAGCAUCUGGCCCUUAAUUAUAUUUAAAAACUUACUGUUUGUAACCUAAAGAGGGGAACUCCCUCCCCCCCCCCUUUUGAAAAAAAAAUGGGACAGUUAAGAAUAUACAGAGAGCUUUUACAAGCAUUCCUUUAUGGUGACACUGUUAUAAAUUUUACUACUGCUUCCGUUGCAGGAGAGAUCACAGAAAAAAAUCUUAAUAUAUCUACUACUAAAUCCUGGUAGUAUUAGGAUUUCAUUGAACCUGGUAGACAUCAAAGGAAGGAUUAUGUGCCUGCUAAAAUAAUCAGCUGACAAACAUUUACCUCUUAGUAUUUAUCUUUUCAAGGGCUUUUUGCUACCAAGCAUGUAAGAAAAAAGCACCAACUGCUCCCCACCCCUAAAAACAAAAAAAGGACAUUAUUGUGGAUCCAGCUAGUUACCUAGCACAAGCCACUUGCUGACCCUUAUUGUUGUUAAGAUUCAUUGUAUGGUGUUAUGACAAUUCUGUAUUGCAAAUACCAAAACAACUUAUGUCCACAUACAAAAAGGUGUUGAGAAGAGACCUGUUGAUUUGAAGAAACACUUUAGCAAAGGGGCAUCGCUGAAAUUAGACUAGGUUUCACGCUAAGCACAGCAAACUGCAUGAAAGUCUCUGCCAUGCCAGAGCAAUUAAGUGGAUUUCUUGGAGAGACUUCUUUGCUGGUCUACUCUACCAUCCCAAGGGAGGUUUAGAUCAAGGCUGAGGGUUGUUUUGAAUGUAUUAUUUGGUAUAAAGAUCCUAAUCUAAGAGACUAGAAGAAAUUCAGUUAUUUUGGUUCUGGAGUUGACUGGACUGAAAACAAUUGUCACUAGAAGCAGGAUUGGUUUUCUUUACGACUAUAUAUACUUUCCAUUACUAAAAACUUUUUUCUCCCCACGUGACGCUUCACUUGUAUUGUAAAGGCAUCAAAUGUAACUCUUCUCUAUGCAAAGACUACUGGAGUGGAUGCACCCAAAAUCGAUCUUUUCAUGGUACUGGACCCUUAAAAAUGGGGGCGGAGAGGUGGAGGAGGAGUUGGGCAAAUAUUUACCUUGUAAAAUAUUUUCCCUCAAUAAACUGUGUGUGGUUUAGUACAUUUAUAAUGCUAAAAUAGUUAAUGUGCCUAACUGCUAAGCAAUGGAAAUAAUCUGUCUUUUACUGUAAAGGAGAAAUAGAAACUAACUUAAAAAUGAGUUAGUUAAUGAGUAGUGAUGGAAAUAAAUUCAACACAGGGGGGGAAUUAAAAAAACCCUCUUGCACAAAGCCUAUGAACAGUGCUCUGCUGGUAACUUAUUCAGUAGUGUGCUCAGACACAAUGGAGCAUAGCUACUCUUUCCCCUACAUUCUCUGUACCACACCAAAAUUCAGAAACACAUUUUUAAUUACGUGGGUUAUAUUCAGUCAGCAAUUCAGAUUCUGUCUUUUAAAUUCAAUAAGAAUUAGGAAGCUGUCUAAUAGCGUGCUGAGUUACUGCAAUGACUUCUAAUAUAGUUUCCCCCACAGAGGUAGUGACUAAGGGAUCCUAUUCAUAAAAGAGCUAUGCCCCAUUUCACAGGUUUUCUGCAGAGGCCAGUAAGGGAGAACAAGUACAAAUACUCAUUCUUUGUGCUUUCAUUGUAUAAGGGGAAAUAACUCAGAGCUGAAUAAGGCACUCAGAGGAUAAACAUGAAUCAAUCAUCAGUUCUGGAAAGUUUGCAUCCAAUAAUAAUAAAAGUAAAGUGCAAACUAAAAGUGUUUUGACCUUGCUUGGUUCUUGAUAUAUAAAAGUUGUCAAAAGUUUUCCCCCUCUCAAACAACUUGUUUUUUCCUACUUGCUUUUGAUAUUGGAAAUAUCAACUUUACUUCUCUCUCUUUGCUGGAGGGUCUUACCCAGGUAUUAAGAGGCUCUGACUGUGAUGUCAUAUGAACUGCAGCUUUCCCUGCCACCAGCUGAGGAAAAGAGGGGACAACAUAAGAAUUAGUUGGGGGUGAAAGAACUGCAGCACAUUUUAUUGCUUCCUCUGACAUUACACUUCAUGUCCUCUAAACAUCUCGCCCAGAACCACGCAGGAAGUGACAACCUGUUGUUUCAAAAGCAAUCCAAAAUAGAUAUUGUUUUGGGGGAAACAAGUUAGAUUAUACAACAGGACAAGGACAAAACAUUUUUUUCCUUUACAGUUCACCUUGGAGUGGAACUGGCAAGCCAGUUAAUGGGCAAACUGUCACUGACCUGAGAUACACAGCAGAGGAUUUGGAACAAGGGAAGGGUCACAUUUUAGCCCAUCUAGUAGGAAACUGAUAUUCACAACAAUGCUGGAGUGACUGAGGCCAAGCUACAAUAUCAGUAAAAGUCAGCAUAACAAAAAAAUGCCCACAACCCUGGCCUUGCAAAUAAAACAUAUUUCCCUCCUCCCCACACAUACAUCGAUAGAUCAGAUUGUAGACCUAACCAAAUUGUGUAACAGUAUUUACAGGACUACAACACAGUUCAACAACAUGAUCAUAAUGUGGUUCAGUCUAAUCUAGAAUGGCAAACUCACACCUAGUGUUACUAUGGGCCUACAAUGUUCAUCAUCCUUGACUGCAGUCGACUAGCUUGUGAGGAUAGGUCCACUGCCACCUAUGCCAGACCUUGACCAAUAAUGGAAACACAUGAUGAUUUCUGUUAAAGUACCAAUUAAGCACUUACUUCUUAGCCUGGACAACAUAGGUAGGGAACAGUGCUACAUCAGUUGGAUAGCAAACAGGUUACAGCGGAAGCAAAGAUGGCUUUGGGUCACAUGCAUUGUAGCUUGAUUCGGGUGCAGGAGCCAUAGCUUUCCCACUUGUAUGUUAAUUUUCUUGAGUGUGACAUGUACAGCGUGAAAGCAUUUAUUGCUGACUUCAAACUGGAAAUACAAUUAAUACUUGAGUGGAUCAGCUGAUUAACACGUUUACUUUUUUUUUUUUUAACGGAGGCUUGAUAUGGCUAGUGAUUUUAAUGUGAGAAAAUGUAAAACGCAUUUUGGCUCUAAAUACCAUACACUGACCCAUAUGCUGCUAGACGAAAAGUAGAAUGCAGUGAAUAAAAAAAUUAGAUUCAGGUUAGCAGUGGCAUAUGUAUACUACAGUCAUACAAUUUGUCCCAGAAUUUACCAUUCUUAGAGAAUCCUAGAAUAUCAGGGUUGGAAGGGACCACAGGAGGUCAUCUAGUCCAACCCCCUGCUCAAACAGGAGCAAUCCCCAGACAGAUUUUUUGCCCCAGAUCCCUAAAGGGUCCCCUCAAGGGGAUUGAACUCACAACCCUGGGUUUAGCAGGCCAAUGUUCAAACCACUGAGCUAUCCCUCCCCCUCUGUGCUCUAGAGAGUCAGCUUUCAUUAAUUAAAUAAAAAAAAAAAGGCAUUGAGCCCUUUUAGUUGCAGACAUAACAUCAAAAACAUAAACCAAGCGUAACCAGUGAUCAUCCAAAUCGGCAAAGAGCCUGAAACAAUGAGAGGAAUAAACAGCCCUAGUCAAUACUUGGGGCCCCAUGGACUUUGCAAUUGUGGAGCUGUGGAAUUUGGCAUGUUUCAAUGCUACCACAAAAUUAAUAAUUUUUUGCUGCACAGUUUAUUUUGCUGCAGCCAGAUUCCUGCCACUUUAUUUUCUAUCUCACUGCCCUUGUGGGAUGUGCCAGCAGCUCCCUCUUGCUCUACAUCUUUCCCCUCAAGGGAGAAUUAAUUGCAUGACAGUACAUGUUCUUUUCACUGUUCUAUAUCAUCAAGAAGAGGAGUGGGGGAGGGAGUCAGAGCUAGAGUUCAGUUCGCAGAUAGGGAGCAGGUGGAGACAAAGAUAGGGGUUAGGCAAUAGAGCAGCAGUUAAGCCCAAGGAAACUGAGAAAAUGAAUGAAUUAAGUUGACUACAAGCUCCCACUCUCUCUGAGCUGGCCUUCCCAAACAACAAUGCAACUGCUGAAGCAAGGAGAACACAGUGAAAUAUUCAAGUAUCAAAAAUCAUUCAUGAAUUGUACAUCACCAAGUGUUUUCAGCUAUGAGCCAAAGUUAUGCAUGCACAUGUGUUAGGAUGUGGCAUGAUUCAAAUGGCAAUGAAGAGUAAGCCAUGGAGAUACAAUAACUAGCUCCAAUGUACAGCACAGGCAGUACACAAGGCCCUGGGUCUGAAGACGGAAACCCACUGCUCAGUUGCAGCAAAAAGACUCAUGAGAUUUUAGGCACCAUCAAAAAGAUUACAAAGAAGACAAGACAUUCUGCCUUCAUACUAGAUCAUGGUGAGACAUCUUCUGGAGCACCUUAUCCAGUGUUAGACCCUGCACCUCAAUCAGGAUGUGCAAAUCAUCAAGAGCCAGAGAAUUAUUAUGGUAACUGAACACAAUAUGGAGGGUCUUAAUUAUAAUGAAAAGUUCAAGAGUUAGGUAGGAUCCACAAAGGGACUUGGGUGUUGCAACGCUGAGCGGCAUGGCACCUAGCUUUUAGGUGCCUAGAAAAUCAUAGGAACACCACUGUGAUCUACAAAGCCUGUUAGGCACCUAGGCUCCUAUACAACAAAUGGGGAGAGACAGGUGCCUAAUAAUAUGCUCCAUAAAAGCCAACAUCCAAACAGAGCCCCGCUUUCAGAGAUAGGCGCUCAAGCCUGGGCUGCAGGGAGAACCUUAUCUCUACUUAGAGAUCCAGAUGGGACCUCCCCCAGCUGGUGUCAGGCAGGUUGGGUGCCUAAACCACUUCUGGAGGAAAUGAGUUAGGUGCCUGCUUUACUCCACAUAAAAUGGCCAGAGGAGAACACGGUUUUAAAAUGCCCCACUUACAACUUUUAGCCCAGGGGUUAGAACAUUUACUUGGAAUGUGGGAGACCCAGUUCAAUUCCCACUCUAGCCCCAGAGCUCUAGGAGAUAUUCUAAUGUGGGGCCCCCUCACUCUCUCCUGCUGAAAUUGUUCCACUGUAGCUAAAUAAUGAAAGUGUCAUUGGAGCAGGGGGACUGGACUUGGGAUCUGUGCCCUCCCAGUUGUGUACCCUAACCACUGGUCCACAAAAUCAUUCUCUCUUACUCUGCCCAAAGACUAUUUAAGUGUUUAUCCACAGUGGAACAGUCAUCGGGCCAGAGAGAGAAUGAUUCUGUAACUAGUGGUUAGUCUACUUUGAAAAUAUAGGUGCCAAGUGAGUUUAGGUGUAUGUGGGAUUUGGUGGGAAUUCUGCGGAUCACAAUGGAGCCAAAACUAGGAUUUACAUACAUAAACCCAAGGUCCAGAUUCCUAAGUGCUUUUGUGAUCUGGAUCUUUAUGUUUAUAGGUGUUACUGCAUAUAUAAGUACAUAGAAAGGAAAGAGAAUUGUGGAAUCUCUUUGAACUGAGCAGUAACAAGGUGCCAAUCUAUUGGAAAUCUUAAAAUAGAUUAACAUUUAGGAGACAUAUUCUCACCCUUAGUUCUCUUGACGGAGGGACUUCAGCAGGUUAAAAUAAUCUCCAGAUCCUCUCUUCCUCACCCUAGCCUGAGCAAGCUCUCCGCUGCUUUUUUUCUCCCUCAACAAUAAUUUUCCCACUUGACUAGCCUCCCAACUAAUAGACAGUGCCUGUAGCCCAACCAUUGUCAGUGGGUUGGCACUAACAGUCUAGUAUUGUCCACUCUGGCCUUACCACUACCCAUCAACACCACAUAAACACAUUGCUGGCUCUAUGUUCAUUUUCUCCCCAACUCCACGCCAUCCCCAAAUUUUGGCUUGACCUUCCCGGUCAGGACCUGUCUUUCCUUGAUAGUUUCUUAGGAAUUAAAUACACAAUAGGGCUUUUAUCCUCAGAGAGAGAUCCAGGCUGAGAGUAGGAGCUAUUUUACCAAAAUUCAAAGGUGGGAAAGAAGGAACAGGUGAUUAUUUGAGCAUUGACAAUAUUUUUGUAUAUAUAAAUUGGAUUACAUUCCUAACUACAUGCACAUGAUUAAAUAGAUUGCAAAAUCAAGAUUAGGCACUGGUUAUCAUUGAUUCUUCCCACCUUCUAUACAGACUGACAUUCUGUUGCCUAAAAGAGCCAAGGGGAUGCCACUUUUCGGAUGCAUAAAUUGGUCCAUUGGACAGCCCUUGUGUUUUUCCUUUCAACGAAGGAAAUUAAUGUAGAAACUUCAAGUAACAUUAAGGUUCUCAGAGAUGUAAGAAAAUUCGGGAUUUGGGUCUGAAACACCAUCCUGAACUAGCGCAUCUGUGCCUGGCUAUUGCAGGGGGAUAUUUGAACAGUGUGUGUUGGUACAUCCCAUAGGUGCUCAAAUACUAUUGUGCAAGGGAGCAAGCUAAUCCUUUUGUGUUGAGAGAUGUAUUUUCCUGGCUGUGAAUCCACCAAAGGUGCUAGUGCUAAAAUAAAAAGGAAUUUCCAUGCUUUCAGUGGGGGUCUUUUUGGUAUGUAUGGUUUAAAAGACAGGAAUAGAUGUACAUGAAAUCAGUCAUAUACCUGAAACAUGUAAAUUUUGAUGUACAUUAAAUAUAUAAAUAUCAAAUGGAAAAAUUCUUACCAACAAUCUCCUUUCUCCUAGCAUCUCCCACAAGACAUCUGGGCUGCUCCUCUCCAUACUGCAGCUCUCAGAGGGGGUCCAAAGUUGCAGUGCUGCAUGUGCUGGCCACCCCUCUCCCCCCAGCUUGGUGCCAGAUGAAUCAUUCCAAUGCUGCACAGAACUCAUAGAAAGAUAUUAGUAACUUCAGUGGGAACACAACUAUGUAUAAUGGGCAUGUGGCCAGCAGCUCCAGAUAGAUUACCCAUUAAGCCGAUGAAAUUUGACCCAGGGAGGAGGAGAAAGGGUUAAGAAAAAGAACUGAUUGCCACUGCUGAAAACAGGCAAGAAAAACAGCCAAGGGAACAAAAGAAACAAUAGCAGCUAAACCUGCCAACUGACUGCUGCCACGGAGGCAGAGAAUCUGGUGGCAAGCAGGAGCAGGAGACAUGGUCAGUGCAUGUAGCACUGCAACUUUGGCCCGCCUCUGUGAGCUGCAGCGUGGAACAGCCCAGAUGUCUCAGAAUUGUGAGAGACGCUAGACUACAGAAAAUAUGUCUGCUGAAGUUCUGUAUUAUUUAAAAAAAUUUAAAAUCACCUCAACAUGUAAGAGCUAUACAUGGUCUCUAAUUUAACUCUAUCUCCCCCUUGAACAAAAUACCCGGUUUCAGAGAUUUUAAAGGAUAGGACUAUCAUUCUACCCAAACAAACACUAACAUGGAAGAUAUGGACUCAUAUUUUACUCACACACCUUCCUCUAUAAAUACGGUUCUUGACAUUUAAAAUCACAUUCAAUUAAUAUACUUUUAAUUUUUAAGCAUUAUUUUAUGAAAUAAUUAUAAAAUAUCAACCAUAGUCCUGCAAUCUCUAGCAUUCAUGAUGGACAUUUGAUGAAGUUCCCUACCAAUAGGCAAAAUUUUAUAUACUGAUUGAGAGAUUGUUCGUUUCUGGAGACCUUUAACUACUGCCCCCCAUCAGCAGCACCAAUGCUGGUAUAAGAGAGAAGAGAAUUAGGCCCAGAGUUUUAAAGUUGGUGUUAAAUAUAAUAAAAACAAAACAGACUACCAAAAAUAAUUAUUGAAUCAUCAAAACGUUGACAUGCCUAAGCUGAGUCUUGUCGAAAUUUAGGCCCCAGCCCAGCAAAGACUUAAGCAUGUGCAUAAAUUUACUCAUGUGAUUAGUCCCUAUUGAAGUCUAUGGGACUACUUGAGUGAGUGAUCUAAUGCACAUGCAUAAAACCUUAUAAGACUGGGGUCUUAAAUGAUAAUUUUAUGGAUCAAGGACCAUAUCUUUUUAUUAGAUCUUGUCUGUAUUAAAAGUUGCAUAGGUUUAACUAAAGAGAUGCUUCUAAAUGGAUUUAUUUAAACCAGCACAAACCACACAGGUUUGUACUGGUUUAACUAAGCCGAUUUACCUUUAUUAAAACCGGAGCAGUUUUUAAUACAGACAAGGGUUUUGUUUCUGUAAAGCACACAAUACAUUGAGAGUGUUGUAAAAAUAACAGUAAUAAAUAAUAAUGCCAUCUUGCUUGUGUAAUACGCAUUUUUUGCCAAAGGAAAAGGUUAAGAUGUCUAAGAAAAACAAUGUAGUUUGAGCCAUAUCGGUCCCAGGAUAUUAGAGACAAGGUGGCUGACGUAAAAUCGUUUAUUGGACCUUCUUUUGUCUUCUUGUCUCUCUCACCAACUGGAGUUGGUCCAAUAAAUGAUAUUACCUCAUCCAUUUUGCCUCUCAAAAAGAUACAGGACAUUUUCACAGCAGUUUGGAGGUUAGCUAUAUUUAUUAGAAUGUCAAAUUAAUGUGAAUAAAGCUUGAUUGCAUAUUUUCUAGGGAAAAUAAUGGCCGUUAUCCCAGCCUGUCAUCGGCUGCCAGAAAACGUGCGCCCUAUUUAUUAUUAUGAGAAUAUAAAAAUGUUUAAAAAUUAACUCUUUGCAUGUUAAUUUGAGUUGGUGGUUGCUAUUGCUAUAAUCUUGGCUACUUCUUUUCCUAACAGUUAACUAACCAGAAAGCAGGAUUUCAUUUUCAACAUGCCAUUAGAUUUAUAUUGGUUGAGAUUUCAGAAUAAAAAUAUCAGUCACAACACCACUAAAUAACUAAAAGAGCAAAUACUGUUCAUACUCAAAAUGGCUUUUUCUCCCUCACACUCAUUCUCUUGGACAUCACUGCAACCUUCCGCCUUGUGGAAUAUUCACGAUCUCCUUAGUUCUGCAGCCAUGAUUUUUUUCUCUUCUUGGAUGUUUCUGAUUCCACAUAUCAAACUCCUCCAUCUCCUUGGUAGUAGUUCUGCCUCUGCACAAGGCCCCCUCCUCUAAGGCAUCCUAAAAGGUUUCAUUCUUGAUUCUAGUUUCUACACAAUUUCUUAUGCUUGAUUAUAUUAUAUCACCUUCGUCUUUCUAUCAUGUUUCUAUACUCAGAUCUGUAUAUUUUGGUAUUUUUAAUACCCAGCCCUUUUAACUUUCUCUCUUCCUGAUUUCACCAGUAAACUAUAAUCUCAAUUUCUUUCAACUACUUCUUAAAAAGUUAUCUGAGGCAACAAAGUAAUCCUAAAACCCAAUUCUUUAUCUUAUCUCCUCUUUUCAACUCAGACCUUCCAUUUGCCUCUGGCUACAACCUUGGCAUUAUCCUUAACUCUGAACUCUCUCCUUGUUCUGCAGCUCCUAUUUUAGUAAAUCGACCUAGCUGCAUUUCUAUAAUAUUGCCCAGGUAAGAGUCUAUCAACUCCACCUGUGCUAAAACCAUCAUCUCAUCACUACCUUUGCCUCCUCAGCUUGAUUAUUACGAGGCCCCUUUUUAUGGUCUUUCUAAUUAUCAAGCUCUAUAAAACGUAGGAAGGAAGGUAGGAUAAGAUAUUAGGAAACCACCAUUCUUGGGAAAACUAUAAGAACAAAUGUUAUUAACCUAGUUGGCUCUUUUGCCCAGAGUGCACCACACCAACUAGUGCCGGUAAUAGCUCUACAAAGAAAGCAAUUGCUCUCCAGCGAGCAGUGGGGUUCAGUGCCGCAAUCCUGACAUUAUAAGGCAAUAGCAUCCAAUACCAGGACCACAGUAUCCUAGCUGGUAAAAUCACCAGCUUAAUCAGGCAUUCCCCCAACCCCCGCUGCCGCUUAUUAUCCUGAAACACUGUCAGCACAACAAUUAGUUUAUCAAUGAAAGGCUCUGGGCAUAGUUUUCAGAGGUGCUGAAAACUCCCAUUACUCCAACAGGAGUUAAUUCUUAGUGCUCAGCACCUCUGAAAUAUCAGAGAUUUGUCCUUAGGUCUAAUGGAAGAAAAUAUGGUUGAUUGAUCAGGAGAAGUGUGAAAAAGAAUAGCACUACAGAAAGGAUACCAUGAGAAAGCCCCUUUCGUCAUUUCUUCCCCAGCCCCAUGUCCAUUACUGUAUUUUGAAACAGUUGUUGGGGAGCUGGCAAAUCUCCCUCAAGUACAGCUCAUACCUGAGUGAUUUACCAUUACUGGGCUGCCCUAAAUUUAACCUUUAAACAGAGGGAAAGCAGUUUAGGAAUAACUACCCAAAUUAUUUCCUUCAAAUAGUGUCAGAGAUUUCAUAGAGAUUUUUACGAGAGAGUUAAGUUUUUCAGGCAUCUGAGAAAAUCCUGCUAUCUGAGGCCUGAAGUGAAGUUGAGUGAAGAACAAGCUGUGUGGUUGGAUUUUUAUGAGAGGAAAAUCUGUUAUGUGAAGGAUCCUAAUAAAAAGUUAGGCCUGACUGUCAACCCAUGUAUAUUUUUGUAUAUUAGCCCUUUGAUUUUAUUCUGCAGUGUUGGUAUAACUUCGUUGUAUUUUAUCUGUAAAAUAAAUGAUCAUAUUUAAUGUGACUGGAUCUAUUGUUGGUGCAAACAGGCCAAUCCACAGAGAAGGCUUAUCAAAGGAAAUCCUGUCUCUAUCCCAUCAGCCAGGGAAGCAGACAGAACCAGUUGUAGUAAAACCCCUGUCCUAAGUUCUCAAGGACCUAAAAAGUACCUGGAUGGGGAAUCGAGCUUAUGGGUGCAAUAUAUUUGUAUUGAGAGUGUUAUUUGUAUCAGAGUAGGGCCUAGCAGGCCCCGUCAUGGAACUGGACCCCACUGCACCAGGCACUGAACAAACACAUAACCAAGAAGACAGUCUUUGACCCAAAGAGCUUGCAGUUAAGUAAAUGUCUGGGGCCUCCCCAUGUUAACAUGGUGAGUGGAGGUGAGGAUGUUGAGGAGAGACCCUGAUCAAGAAAUGUUUGUAACAAAUUUUUAACAGUGAGCGUAAUUAACUGCUAGAACAAUUUACCCAGGGUUGUGGUGGACUUGAAGUCUUUAAAACAAGACUGGAUGUCUUUCUAAAAGAUAUGCUAUAACUCAAUCAGAAGCUAUGGGUUUCAUGCAGAAAUUACUGGGUGAGGUUCUAAGGUCUAUAUUUUGACCUUAAAAUCCACGAUGUACUAAAUAUCAGCGAGCACUGAUAUCUCACAGAAAUAGUACCUUAAAGGACAAAGGAAUCACAGGCAAGGAAAGCUGAAGCUUGAUGGUGUCUAACUAUUAUUUUCUUUGCGUCAUAUUUGAACGAGAGACUUAAUGGUCUCUAUGAAGACAGAGCCUAUACUUUGCCCUAUCUUCAGAAGAGAUGAUAAUUUUAUGACUAGCCAGAAACUUGCAAUUAAUGCUUGGGUUUGCCUGUGUCCAGCAGUAGUUUCCAUCUUCAGCAGUAAUGCCAGAGUAUAUCCAAGUACCCCUUUCAGCUCUUCCUCUAAUGGAAUUUGAUAGUAGCUUUUCCAUUCUCUAUUUUCAGACAACUCAUGCUAGGAUAGAAGUGAUACACAAUAACAGGAUUAACAAUGCAAAACACUAGUAAUCUCUUCAGAAAACUGUAAUACAGACAGGAGGCUCAGAUCCUCAUCUUUAGUUAUAAGUUAGAUUUUUGGACAGUUUAUAAGAGUAGAGAGUUACAGAAUCAUUAGCUAGAAAGCCCUGAGCCACUGCAAAAAAGAGAAACCCAUUGCUCAUACAUGACUCAAAAUUCAUUUUAAAGAACUUUUUACAGAAACUGCACAAAAGAGGCAAAAGACAAGUGUAAAUAAACCUGUUUUCUUGGUUCAUAGUGAACCUACUGGCUCAGAAGAUAAAGGGAAAACAACAUACAGUGAACAAGUUUUGAAUGUAUAUUUCACUAGCACAGAUUGACCUGUUAGGUACAAAUGAGAAGUUCAGUAAAACUGUAAGCAUGGUGGUUUGAGAAGCAGGAGGACAACUAAGCGGGGGAAGUCAUUAGGCUCAAGAGCACAAGGAGAGCUCAGUGUAUGAACUUAUUGUCCUAUCUGACUUAAUAUGUGAGUGUUGUGGUGGGCAUUUGCAAGGAAGAGCUAUCCAGAUUAGUUAGAAAUGCACAGAACUAUUCAAGGACAUAAUAAUAUAGGAUUUUUCCCACUCCUUGAGGCUGCUGCGGUUAAUUGUCUAAUAAGUUAUUUUCCAGUCAGAUAUCAGUGCUGUGGUUACAGUAUAUAGGCAACCAGCCAAAUCUCAGGCAAUAAUGAAGCUACUAAGUUGUAUUUUUUGUUUUUUAUUCUCUCCCAGUACAUAACACAUUAUUUAAGGCAAAAACGUUGCCUGGUAAGACUAACUAUAUUACUGAAACUUCCAAUUUUUGUUUCAGAGGUUGAUAGUGAUCCAGUGCCUAUGCCUACUUGGCUCUGGGACCUUGGCCAUUAAAAGGACCAGUCACUUUGAGUACACUUAAGCCCUUCAAAAGGGGUUCAUGAGGUUUAUUCCUUUCCUAUAGACAGACAGAUGGUUAAAGGAAGAUGGCCAAUGCAAGCAAGGAAAAACUCCUUUCUGGCAUUUGCUAAUGAACAGACCACCCCAUAGCAAAUUCCCAGAAUAAGAUACUCCCUGCUAAGGCAGCAAUUGGAACUACAAUCAUGAGCUUAUCUUUUGAAAGUUCAGACCAGCAGUUGGAGGAAAAAAUACAUCACAGUGUACAAAUGCUAGCCAGAUAGGUAGGUGGACUUAAACAGGCCCACAUAUGAAUGUUGUUAUGAAUCAUGGGCAAGAUGAAGCCUCAAGAACCUGGCAGUGUAGCUACAGAUGCUACGAUUCCUUCCCCCACAAAGAAAAAAUGCUGUUUUUGUAACCCAACUAGCAAUUACAGACUGCAUGGAAGAGGUAAAAAUGUACAGUAUGCCUCUCAAUUCAAGAACACAACUAGCAUUAGGCGCUGUGGAGUGAGAAUACUGUUUUUGUACCUCAUCUCUAGAGUCACUACAAAGCACUGCAGUGCUCACAGCCUUUUACAGACCUGGGGAGUAGAAGAGGACUAAGACUUAGUUAGGGUUUUUCAUCUUGCUGCAUUUUAUUUGAGCCACAUGAAUCAAUAAAUGCUUGGUUCCUUAUGUAGCAUUAUUUAGUGAUCCAUAGGUCACCUGCUCGUUUGAAAGUAUGCUUGUGAAAUAGCUUAAAAAUUGGGCUGAUUUUCACAGCUUUUGUGGUUAAGUUGCCUGGUCACUUCUGCUGAGAAUUUCAUCCUAAACUUGUAAAAUUCUGCAAAAUUCUUUUGGCUUAUAGCUAAAUAAAACCAAAAUAGAGAGUCUCUCAGAUUCCUUUUCCAUCUGUCCAAAUGCAACGUCCAUUCACUGCACACUCAUGCUAUGCAGCUUUAAGCUCUAAUGGACACACAUUUGCUCCUAUAUGGUAGUUUCCCUGGCUUGUCUUGAAAAGAGAUGCUUUCUCUAUAUGUUCUGGGAACUGUAACUCAUAUGCUCUACUGUCUGCCCAGCUAAUAAGGUCAGAACAACUCCUUAUAUAACAAACUAUGUAUAAAACUAACAGGACACACAUUAGAUGGAAUAAAAACUAGCUCACUGAUAGGUCUCAAAAUUAGUUGUUCAUGGGGAGACAUCCAUGAGUGAGGCCAUUUCUAGUGGAAUUGCUUAGGGAUUGGUUCUUGGUCCAAAGCUAUUAAUUUUUUUAUCAGUGAUCUAGACAUGAUAUAAAAUGUUUGCUGGUAAAGUUUGCAGAUGACUGGUGGGAUAACAAGUUACUGUUACAGUGUGACCUGAGUUAUCAGGUUAAAUGGUCACAAUCCAAUAGAAUAUGUUUUAAUACAGCCAAAUGCAAGGUAAUACACCUGGGAACAAAGAAUGCAAGCUAUACCUCCUGGAUGGGAAAUUGUCUUGGAAAGCAGUGAUUCAGAGGAGGACUCCACAAUGCAAAGUGGGCAGAUAGGGUGCAUCUCAAAGUGCAACACAAGCAUUGUUCAAUACCUCCAGCUGAGUACUCUCGCAUGGGCUCAAUGCACAUUUAUACAUAUUUUUUAAGGGUUUUAAGUAUGUGGGGAUUGGUGGGUGGGCUGGGCAACAACACAUGGCAGAACAUGUGGCAAGUCUGCAAUGUAGACAUACCCUGUAACAUCUACAUAAGCAAACAAUGUGAAUGAGCAGUAAAAAUACCAUAACAGCCAUGCUGACUAAAGCACAAGGAAUGCAAGUGCAGAGGUCUCCUUUUAAAGUCACAGAUGACACUCAGGGGUUUUUCUCCCCCCCCUCUAAUGUUUUCCAGGUCUAUCUGACCCCAACAUGCACUACACUAUAAAUAACAAUUUUCGUGCAAACCCGUGCUUCUUCAUACAUUAAGUAUUCUCAAAGUAGGAUGAGAUAAAUCUUUCUGCAUUGGUUUUAUCAUCCUUCCUGUUAUGGUUUUUGUGUAGCAAAAAAAGUCACUAAAAAGGUAAUGCGAUCAGUUAGACCCCUCAAUGGGAGUCAGUGGGAAAUAUGAAAGUACUAUGCUUGCCAGGUCUUUGGGGGUCUCUUGUACCCCAAACACAUUCAAAAAAAUUAAACAAAACAUGAUAGGCAAACCACUUUCUUCUUUUUUUAAGUAUUCUCAACCUAUGAUGAUGACAACCUGUUACCACUAAUUUUGUCUGCAUACCUGUCCAUGAGUUUUACUAUAUACCCCUAACUAAAAUUUGGGCUGGGAGACCACAAGAGCUCUGGAGAGGCCGCCUAGGGGCGCUGCAGGGGCCCAGAAUCCCCACUGGUGCUGGGGGGGAGAGGCGGGGAACCCCCCCUCCCGGUAAGGGUACCCCAACCCCUGCCCCAGCCCUGAGUUCCCUCCCGCACAUCCAAACUGCUGCUGCUGCCCAACUUGGGCAGCCCCUGAGCCAGUACCGGCCACUGCAGAAGUUACCACAGAAAGUCCUGGAAACCGUGAUCUCCAUGACAGACACGCAGCCUUAUUCGUAGCAUCAUAGUUUCAGCAGUUUUUGCUUUUCAAAUAAAAUGCACCAACAUAGUCUUGGGGGUCUGUGAGACCCCAGAUAACAUUUGCCUUGUGUAUUGUUACAAUUGUCCGGCAAAGUGAGUUAAGAGAACACUGUCAAACUGAUUUUCUGGGAAGCUUACUCUUGUUAGGAAGAGUUUCUGGGGAAGCCACAAUUGCCAGAUACAUUUUCUGGCAGCACACACUUGACAGAUGCUGUUACUGGGACAAAGACUGGUAUUGAACAUGCACAUUGCAUGUCUGAAUGCAUAUAUUGUUUGGAUUUUGUUGAACCACAACUGGUAUAAUAAAUCUUUGCGUAAGAGACGGAUGUUUCUCAGGGACCUGGGUACAGAAAUAGUGAAACUACUGGUGCAGGAAAGGAACACUGCAGUCUUGCCUCAGGCUACUAGGGAAGCCGUGUCUGGUGUGCUGGGUACUGAUCCAAAGCCUGAGAAAUGGGGAAGAUGUUACAUCUGUUCCAGAAAAAUACAUCAAAAAUGUGCAACGACUAAAAACUUUGUAUGUUCAGAACAUAUUUCACCUACUUUCUCCAGUCAUUCAAAGUAAUAGGACAUUUCCUGCCUGUGUGCUCCUUUUGUGCCUUUUAUAUUGUUUCUGUCUCUAACUAUUUUCAUUGUCUAACCAUGAGGUCAGUUAGAGCCCCAACAUAAUUCUGUGCAGUGUACUUCUGAAUCUAGAAAAGUUUUAACUUGUUCAUUGUUUUAUAGUUCACUGGUUACAAUAAAGCUAGAUUUAAAUGA